AUGAAUGGUGUAGUUGGCAAUUACCGCAUGGAUGAUGAAGGCGUCAUCAUGCGGUACUUCAAUCCUCUCGAGAUCCCUAGGGCUGAAGAUGAUUUCAGUUUCUAUAACCCAACAUCUCUGUACCCCACGCAAACCUUCCUGCUCACGCCUCACGGAUCUCCCGCCGCCCUCGUUACUUUUUUCCUCCGACCAUCGUCCGUCGUAGACGACCGUCACACGAGGACGCGUGUCCCCGUUUUCCUUCGAGGCGAAGCGCGCCUCCUGUUCUCUCCCUCUGUGGCAAGAUCUUUUCGUCUCGACUUCGUCGCAGGUAACAGCAACCACUGCUGUCUCUUCGGCAUUACUCUUUUAUCUUCGCCGGAACUUUUGCCCAGCCACUCUAUAGCUGAAGGAGAGGAGUUGUUAAGAUUCACACUUACUGAGAUGUUUGAGAAUCCUCCAUCACAGCCCUCAACUUUAGCUCAGCUUUCGAUGUCAGCCCAUCCUUCCACUUCCAUAUCUAUCGAGGAUAGAGUCGCUCGACUCGAGGAGUCUCUCGCGCAGACGCGACAACACAUCUCGGACGGUUUUCGUACACUACGGGCUGAGAUGAUCUUCGGAUUUACUUGUUUUCGAGAGGAGAUUCUUCGAGCAUUACAUGCACUUGAGCGACCUUUAUCACCUCCUCCAGCCGACGAUCCUCCUAAUUGAUCAUGUUUUAGACAUGCAUUGUAUCUAUUGGUCUUACAUUUAUUCCUUGUGUAGAUAAUUUUCUUUUGGUUUGUUUAGUCUUGUACUUAGUAGAAUAGAACUUAUUUUUUAAAUAAUUAUUUCUGCUUAUUGUUUUAAAA